AUGACGAGUCCAACAGACAAGAAGAGACAGACGGUCCACCUGGACAUGGAUCCCCUGCUGAUGGUGUUGCUGUUGCUGUGGAGCUCAGGUGCUCAGUGUGAAACCACAGCUAAGGCUGACAUUGUGCUGUUGGUGGACACCAGCUCGAGUGUCAGCAAUCCAGACUUUGAUAUCAUCAAGUCCUUUAUCAAGAGACUAGUCAACGUCUUUGACAUCGGCCCAGACAGAGUCCAGAUUGGUCUGGUUCUGUACGCAGGUGACCCACAAACUGAGUGUGACCUGAAAACUUACCAAACAAAAUAUUCUCUGCUGGAGGCCAUUGACAGGGUUACACGGCUGCAUGGAGACACCUACACAGGACAAGCUCUGGACUACAUCCUCCAUAACAGCUUUAAACCCAAUGUGGGAAUGCGAGCAGACUCCCAAAAAAUUGCUGUUUUGAUCACUGAUGGAAAGUCCACAGACAUCGCACACAUCCCCUCACAGAACCUGAAGGACGCUGGAAUCGAGGUCUACGCUAUUGGAUUAAACGAUGCUGACAAGAAUGAGCUGAGAUCUAUCGCCUCCGAUCCUGACGAAAUUCACAUGUACUAUGUAGAUGGCUCCUCAUCUCUAAAGGACAUCAUUGGCGGCCUCACCAUCAACAUCUGUAACAGUGCUAAUAGCUUAGUGUUUGCCAGGCUGGUGAAUGGGACUGGUCUGUGUUCAGGACGACUGGAGGUGAAGUCUAACCAGUCUAACCAGUUGUGGUCCUCAGUGUGUGAACAUGACUUUGACCAGCAGGAUGCAGAGGUGGUCUGUAGGGAGCUGGGCUGUGGGGCUCCUUCAGUCCUCCAGGGGGCGCUCUAUGGAGAAGUGGAGGCUCUAAUGUGGACCAAAGAGUUCCAGUGUGGAGGAAAUGAGUCUGCUCUCCUGGACUGUAGAAGCUCAGGCUCAGAUAGAAACAACUGCUCAUCUGGCAAAGCUGUUGGACUCACCUGCUCAGAUCCUGUCAGGUUGGUGGGAGGAUCCAGUCGCUGCACUGGAACACUGGAGGUGAAACGAGGAGGCUGGAGACCAGUGGAUGGCUCUGACUGGACUCUGACGUCAGCAGCUAUAGCCUGUGAAGACUUGGACUGUGGCUUUGCUGUGUCAACAGGAAUAAGACAUGAGUCCAUGCGCACAUCUACAUGGAAGAUCAAUCCUCAUUGUAUUCAGGCUGGAUAUACUCUGAGGGAGUGUGUCACAUCAGGUUCCUCCUCUUCCAUCCUGGAGCUCACCUGCUUAGGGCCUUUCAGGUUGGUGGGAGGAUCCAGUCGCUGUGCAGGAACACUGGAGGUGAAACAGGGAGACUGGAGACCAGUGGAUGGCUCUGACUGGACUCUGAAGGAAGCAGCAGACUCUGUCAGGCUGGUGAAUGGGACUGGUCUGUGUUCAGGACGACUGGAGGUGAAAUCUGGCCAGUCUAACCAGUCGUGGUCCUCAGUGUGUGAAGAUGACUUUGACCAGCAGGAUGCAGAGGUGGUCUGUAGGGAGCUGGGCUGUGGGGCUCCUUCAGUCCUCCAGGGGGCGCUCUAUGGAGAAGUGGAGGCUCCAAUGUGGACCAAAGAGUUCCAGUGUGGAGGUAACGAGUCUGCUCUCCUGGACUGUAGAAGCUCAGACUCAGAUAGAAACACCUGCUCAUCUGGCAAAGCUGUUGGACUCACCUGCUCAGAUCCUGUCAGGUUGGUGGGAGGAUCCAGUCGCUGCACUGGAACACUGGAGGUGAAACGAGGAGACUGGAGACCAGUGGAUGGCUCUGACUGGACUCUGACGUCAGCAGUUGCCUUCUGUAGAAACCUGAACUGUGGCUCUGCUAUUUCAGCAGGAAGGAAAGAGGACUCCUCCAACAGAUCUGCAUGGAAGAUCAACUUUGACUGUGCUCACUCUGGAUCUGCUCUGAGAGAGUGUGGAACAUUAUUGUCCUGGUCUUCCUCCACCCUGGAGCUCACCUGUUCAGAUCCAGCAGCUUUUAUCAUCAGAUUGGUCGUCCUGCCGCUGAUUCUGCUGUUGUUCAACACUGUCAUCUAUUUCAUCUUUAAGACCACCAGGGGGAAGAAGCCAGGCCCACAGGAGAACAUCGAGGUGGAUUAUUACAACCUCAGUGUUUCCAGAGCUGAAGGAGGAUCGGCUGAAGAGGAAGGAGCCCAGGCAGAAGAGUAGGACCUCCAAAGAGCUCAUCUCACAUCUAAUUAGAUUUCUCACCUGCCAAACAUCAACUCUGAAUGGAACAUUUCUUUUAAAUCCUUGUUA